CUGUGCCAUUCAAAAUGGCGACCAGUGUUGUCCUUCCACUAGGAUACGAAAACUUAGCAAAAGGACUGGAUGAUGAGCUGAGUGAAAACGAAAAGGCUGAAUUUCUAAAAGCUUUAAGUUCAGGCUUAGCUGUGCAGGAAGAUACUAAAGGGUUAAACAUAAAUGAAACGCUGAAAGUGGUUCACAAACAUGGUUAUUUCGAUAAUGGCAAAUCAUCUUCAAGGUUACUCUCAAGCGUGGCAAAGAAGACUUCAGUCUCCCAAAAAAUCGAGAAUAUCAUUCAAAAGAAUAGCUCUUCGUUCCCAGAAGGGAAAGCUGAUUUUGUUGGGAGGGAAAAAGACGUGAAGGAAGUUACGGAACGCUUAAAAAAUAAAAUUAUUCCCGGCAUAAACUUGUUUGGAGAAUCAGGCGUUGGAAAAACAACAUUGGCUAAAGAAGUUUCUAAAGAACUUAAAGGAUUUGAAACGUUGACUGUUGAUUUAAGAGAUAUCAAAGAUAUGGACACAGUCUAUGUUCAAAUCCUUUUGAAGUUAGGAGUUAAAAGCUGGAAUUUUAGUGUUGAUAAGAUCUAUGAGUAUCUCAAUGAGAAGUUGGAUAAAAAGACUUUGGUCAUUUUUGACAAUGUCGAACAGCUGCUGAAUAAAAAAGGAGCGUCAAGAAAAGAUUUUACAGGAUUACUAAAAUCUGUUAUUGAAACAAAGGCCUGCAAAAGUAAGUUGCUUAAAUUUAUUCUGACUUCUCAAGAAGAAAUUAAUGAACCUUCACUAAAAGGUAAAUAUUUUACUGAAUAUGAAGUUAAACCACUGAAUAGUGAAGUCUCCAAGAAGUUUAUAAUGAAAAGGCGAAAUGCUGUCCUUGAAGUUCCAGAAGAAGAGAAUGAUCAGGUCAUAAAUGAAAUUUCUAAAAUCUGCCGUGAUAUUCCUUACUUGUUGGAAGUGACAGAACAGCUCAUGAGGUUUAGUUCUUCUAUUGAGGCCAAAGAUGUCUUACAAAAACUGGACUCUUUGAUUGAACAGAAAGUACCGAGAGACUUUGCCUGUAUCAGUGCAUUAUUUGAUUCACUGCCAAGUGAUCACUUAAAAGAAGUUGCUGUAAAGAUUUCUUUACUCCGCCUUCCUUUCUCCUGGUCCACUGCAAUGAAAAUUACAGAAAUUAAAUCUGAUCAUGAUGCAGAGAUUGAUUUAGAAAUGCUAGUAAAUUACAAAAUGAUUGCAGUUGUGGAUGUAGAUGGAAAGAGGAAGUAUGACACCCAUGGCCUAUUUAAAGACUUUAUUAAAUAUCUCUGUGGCUCACGACCUGGGAUCAACGACAGCUUCAAACAAGGAGAGAAACAGUUUUUUAAGCACUUUUCUGAAAAAAUGGUCACACAUGCAAAAAACUUGGAAACUGAGUUUGUCAAAACUUAUUCCAAGCUGGAGAUCAACAGAGCAAACUUAGAGCUCGUUAUUGACUUAUCCGAGGAAAACAAAGACUCCUUGGACCUGUUGCUUCAUACUGAUGACCACAAACAGUUUGCACUGAUGGGAAUUCUCUUUGAAGUUUUAAAAGAAGUAGAUGAAAGAAGAGAUCUUUUUGCUAAAUGGGCUGAUAUGGCUGCAAAACAGGAAAACUGGUUAGCCAGUGCCUUGAUGAGAUGCUGGCAAUCACUACAGUGUACUGACACAGAAGGAAGAAAACUUGCUCCGAAAACAUUAGAAGAGGCACAUAAAUGCAUCAAGAAAGCUGAGGAAACACCAGGUCAUGAGCAGAAGAUACGCGAAGUUAAAAGCUUGUAUUCACACUGUUCUGGUAAGAUCAAGUAUUAUAGUGCCACAAAGUUAGUCAAAGAGUCAAAUGAAAGCACAAGGCUUCUGAAAGAAGGGAUUGAAGAUUUAAAAGAUGCAAUUUCGAUAAGAGAAACGUUUAUGGGAGAUAGCACUUUAAGUUCACGGGGCUUGAAUCUCAUUGGUAAUUGUUACAUGGAACUUAAUGAUCCUCUGGCUGCAUUGGGGUAUUACCAAAGGGCAAUACAGAUGAAAAGGAGACUCGUUGGUAGUGACAGACACUGGGAGUUCCCAACAUUUUACAAUCAAAUCUCACAAGUUCAUGACCAGAUUGGCAGAAAAUAUGAGCAGGGUUUUCUCAGUAGCUUGUUAGGAGGAAAGAAAAAGGCAAGAGAAGAAUAUGAAAAAGCCGAGGAAUUGACGAAGAAGGCACUUGAAUUACAAGAAGAAUUAGAAGUGAGUGGCACAGAACACACAGCCAUUUUCCAAAGAAACCUCGCAAAUAUUCUUUUGGGGCUUAAAAAGUAUGAUGAGGCGCUUGAAUAUGCACAGAAGUCCUAUGAAAUCAGAAAAAAGAAUCUUGGAAAACACCCAGACACUGUGAGGAUUCUGUACGCUAUUGGGAUCAUUCAUGAAUGGAGAGACGACCCAAAAGCAGCCCUACAAAUUUAUGAAGAAGCUAUUGAAAUGGAGGAGACUUUACCUGAGGACAACCAUAGUGUUGUGAGAAAUCUGCUGUAUGAGAGACUUGAGGUAAUGUUGAAAAGAGUCAAGAAAAGGAAACAGGCAGAAAAUGCAAGGAUUCUUUACUUGACUGGGAUCAUUCAGGAAUUCAAAGAAAAUACUAAAGCAGCUUUGCAAAGCUACGAAGAAGCGUUAAAAAUGGAGGAGUGUCUACCAGAAGAGGACCACAGUGUCGUGAGAAAGAAGUUGUAUGGUAGACUUGCAGAGAUGUAUAAGAAAAUGAACCAAGAAGACAAACUGAGGGAAAUGGAAAUCAAAAUCGAAGAGAUAGGAAAGGAAGACGAAUCUUGGAUUGUUAGCGGACCAGUUGAAUUCGAGAUCAAUGUAUACGAAAAUGGGGGCUACUAUAACCACUCUAAAUAUGGACAUUUUAUCUAUGUUCCACCAAACACUGUCACUGAACCAACGAAGAUCAAAUGCAAAGUAUUCGACACUCACCCCAUUCUYUCCCCGGCAAAGUUCACCGAGGGUUUGGCUAGCUAUAUUGUGGAACUGGGCCCAGCGUCUGUUGACCUGCGAAACCCCAUCAUCGUGACCCUGUUGCAUUCAGGGCCUGUCAAGAAAUAUGGCUAUGAAAUAACCGUAAGGGCCUUCGACACUGUAAAUGAAUCGUGGAAAGAAAUUGAAGUGCUCAAAGAAGAUUUACAUGCACCAGAAUACUGUACACCCCACUAUCUCCAAGUGAGCCUGAAAAAGCUCUCAACUUUAGCAGUUGUAACCAGACUCGUCAACGAUAGUUUCCAAGUCACUCCUCAAGGAUGUGUUGUCAGGUCCUCUGUAUAUGAUGAURUCACAGUUGAGUUCCCUGAAGGAGCUGUAAACAAGACCUUGGAAGGAACCAUGAAUGUAUUGCCCGAUAAAAGAAUGGUAUUAGAGGACAAUAUUGUUGCUUCUUCAGCUUUGUUGUUCCAUGGUUUCCAAGGCGUUGUAUUUUCAAAGAAUGUGAAAAUUAAAAUUCCAUUUCAAUCUUCGAAAACUCCUGGCAGUCAUCCUCUACUUCUUCGCUUGGAUUUUGAUAGCCAAUCAAAUGGACAGUGGAAUGAAGUUGCCAAUUUUAUUAUAAAUGACGACGUCAUGGAAUUCSGCGUUGAUCAUUUUUCAGCAUUUUGGCCCUUAAAUACCCUUCAUGCUCCAUUACAGUAUGUAAAAGACAGCGUCAAUUCUUGCUAUCGGUGUUGGUUUGAUUCCCCAAGUGAUGUUAGUUUUGCUGCGUAUGAGAAAAACGGACAAACGUGGCCAGAUGUCGAGUUUAAGCUGACUUGUGUGGCACUUGAUGGACAAGAGGCUCUGGAUGACAAAAUGGCAGGAAAGUCAUUCACUUGUUCGGUUUYUUCUACUGGUGAUCAGCCCAUGAGGUGCCAGGAGAAGGCUUAUCCUGAGGUAGAAGGUUUAUCAAAAUGGGACGAGGAUUUCUUUCUACGGUUUCUUGGUGAGAACAAAGAAUGCAACAAGCAGUUCUGUGGUACCGCUGAGAAUGAUGUCAUUAAACUGAGCUACUAUAACGAUCCGAAAAAGCAACGGGAAAACCGUCUCUGCUUGCUGAGAUUGAAAAGACGGGACAAAAACUUAGAAGACAACAUUGGUGAUUCUUCGGUCUUUAUAGAGUACUUUGGGAUUUCCUCGGACGUUUUGAAGGAAUCCCCAGAAGAUAUCGCAGGAAAAAUGAAAACGCAUCUGAAAGUGGAAAUCAGUUUGGGCGAAUGGAAUGCAAUAAAGUUCUAUUCGUCCUUACCAAGAAAAGACGACUGCUUUAAAGAUUUGGUCAACGGUUUAAGCGCAUUUGAAGGUGCGAAACACAUAUCUCAUUAUCUGAAGGAAGGUCAUGAUCUAGUUACAUCACCUCUAAGAGACUUGGAGCAUGAAGUCCAAGAUAAAAUCAUUGAUAUCGUGGCCAGAAACAUUGGGUAUUAUGGAUCAAAACUCGGCAAUUAUUUAGAUGUUAGCAAAGAAUGCAGUCAGAAUUAUUCAGGUGUUGAACAGGUUAGUCAGAUGCUUAGAAAGUGGAUGACAUCGUCUAAUAAUGGUACAGUUGAAAAGUUGUUUGAAGCUUUGAGGUAUUUAAAGAGAACAAAGGCUGAGGCAGAGCUUGCUAAUUAUACCACAAAGCUAUCUAUAGAAAAAGCAUCAUCACCUUCUGUAGAGGAUCCUUAGGCGAAAGUUGGCGCGCGUACGCAAAUCACGAACUCGUCUUUAGACUUACUCCAUGCUGACCUCUCUGAUACUUAUAGAAUCACGAGUGAAGUAAGUAAGUGAAAAAAAGCGAGCGCCGGUCGAAGUCGUGCGAUGCUGGUUGGGCUGCCUGUGCUUAUUCAGCGCGCGACUAAUACAAUACGCAGACGAAGGACUUUGCCAAAGUCAGACUCGUCUUCUGAGCAUGCGUUCCUCUAGGUCAGCAUCGAGCAUAUGAUGUCUAUCCUGCCCUUUCACAAGCACGAUGUACACUUGGCAUUAACCCCACCCCCUCCCC